AUGUCGCUUCAAGAAGCAGAUAUUGCCAUGAGCGCUCCCAAGGAGGAGGCGGCGCUUGCACCCGACAAGUCCAGCUCCUCUGAUGAUGGCGGCGCAGCUCAUAUCCCCGCGGCAGAGCUCGACGCUCUGUACUCGAUAUACACGCGGCGGCAGAAGCACUUUAUCGUAUUCAUGUCCGGGCUGGGCGGCUUCUUCUCGCCCCUGUCUGCAAACACAUACCUCCCCAGCAUCCCAAGCCUGGCCGGCUUUCUCAACGUGUCGCCAUCGUUGAUGAACCUGACGGUGACUGCAUUCUUGAUUUUCCAAGGCCUGGCGCCGUCCUUUUACGGCGACCUCGCCGAUAUUGCAGGCCGCCGUCCGGCUUAUCUGAUUUCAUUCAUCAUCUAUAUUGCGGCAAAUAUCGGCUUGGCCACCCAGUCCUCGUACCCGGCCUUGUUUGUCCUGAGAUGUCUCCAGAGCUCGGGCUCCGGCGGCACAUACGCAUUGAACAGCGGCGUCAUCGCCGACAUAUCUACCACGGCCGAGCGUGGCAAGUACAUGGGCGCUGCGCAAAGUGGAAUCAUGUGCGGCGGCGUGUAUCUCGUCGUCUUUGCCAUUGCCGUUCCAGAAACCGCCAGACAAGUGGUUGGCAAUGGCUCCAUCCCGCCGACUGCGUGGUGGAGUCGCUCGCUGCUCAACGAGUUUGCUCGCCGAAGGGCAGCUCGGGCUGGCGGCGGCGCGGCACCCCCGAAACGACAGCCACGGCGCAGCUUCCGAUUUCCAAACCCGCUCAAGGCGCUGCUCAUCAUCGGGGAGAAGGAUUGCGCCGUCAUUCUACUCUACAAUGCCAUCAUCUACGCGUCCUGGUACACCGUCACGGCCAACUUGUCCAACCUGUUGUCGGAGCUGUACCACGUCGACACCCUGCAGAUAGGACUGUGCUACAUCCCGUUUGGAGUCGGGGCAGCGCUCUCCAUCAUUGCCAACGGCCAUAUCCAGGACUGGAACUAUGCGCGGGUCGCUCGCGCCAACGGGUUCCUGGUCGACAAGCAGCGCGGCGAUGACUUGAGCAAGUUCCCCAUCGAGAAGGCCCGGAUCAACAUUGUCUGGCCGCUCGUCUACGUGGGCGCGGCGGCGACCAUGGGCUUCGGCUGGGCGGCCGAGAAGCAGGCGCACAUGGCCGCCAUGCUGACUCUCACCUUUGUCAUGGCCCUGUCCCUCACUGCCUGCUACAACAGCAUGAACCUGCUGCUCGUUGACCUGUACCCGAACUCGCCUUCGACGGCCUCGGCUGCCAACAACUUGACGAGGUGCCUGAUGGCGGCGGGAGGAUCGGCCGUGAUAGAGCCCAUGAUCCGUGCCAUGGGGACUGGAUGGGCGUAUACGCUUGUGGGCCUGGUCAUGAUUGUGCUGAGCCCAAUGCUUCUCGCCGUGACCAGAUAUGGACCGAAAUGGAGGGAGGAACGGAGAGCCAAUGCCGUGGAGUUCAAGAGAAAUGGUGGAGAGCAAGCGCCGGGCGAGCACUCGUCAAUAUAUGGAAGCCAAGACGGCGCAGGUAGACUAGAGAUCUAG